AUGGCCGAAUCUGUUGACAACCAGCUAGGCAAUGAGGUGACUCAGAUCUAUGACACCCAGCCAGAGUCUCAUGAGGGUGAUAAGGCUGAGGAAGUUGAGGAGCCAACUCCACCACCUCAGCCAGCCACACCUCAAUCGGCGACUCAGUCAGUGGCGAGUGUGCAUGGCCCGAAGGCAGUUGAGCAGUUUGGUUGGUCUGAUUUGAAGAAGGCACCUCAAGAUUACUGCUCAAAUUGCAAAAGGCCAGUCAAUGCUGUCCCCACUCAUGUUGUGAGAAAAAAAGGCCAUGCUGGUGUCCAUUGCCGGACUUGCCACAAUGUGACCUCCAUGUUGUACAAGAAAAUUGAUAUGAAGAAUCUGGAGGGGUGGAAGGACUUCUCUUCAGAUCAGAUGGCAGACUUCUUCAUCAAAGCUGGGCAGUGCAGUGACCCCAGCGGGAAUCUGCAAUGGGCUAAGUUGAAGGGCUGCCUGGUGGAUUCUAUGUGCGAGCAUGAGCGUCACAUUCGGGAGACCAGUGUGAAGGGCAAGUACUUGCCUCUAUCGGUCUAUGCCAAGAAGGGUUUUGACACAGCUGCCAUCGAGGCCAGAGCUGAGAAAAAGGAGUCUGACUUGUUCGGCUAUGUCUACAAGGUGCCUAUCCUUCAGACUGGCUUCACACAUCUGGAAGAAGAUGUGCGCUCACGAGUUCUUCAGGCAGAGAGGAAGAUCCCAAGCAAAAGGGCAAAGAGCAAGACUGGCGACCAGGAGCAGGAGAACCAGGAGAACGAAGAUCCAGACGAGAUCGAUGAGCAUGACUUCAAAGACUGGGAAAGCAUUUCCAGCAGUGGCUCAGAGAAAGCGGAUAAGAACAAGAAGAGGAGUGGGAAAGGGAAAGCCCCGAAGCGCAAGGAAAACCAUGUCUCAAAGGAGGCCAAAGCAGAGGCUCGAAAGGAAAACAGCAAGGUCUUGGGACUUUGUCGAAAAGCAGUGCGGCUCUUGGAGCCUUUGGUGAAGGAUGGCAAGAAAGCUUCCAAGAGUGAGUAUGGCAGUGCACACUUGAAGCAGGAGUACGAUGCAGCAUCCCAGAUUCUCAAGAGUUCUCAGAAGUUGAUCAUCGAGGGUCCCCAGGCCACUGCAAAUGGCAAGAUCUUGGAGUACCAGUAUGACGACUCUACCAUCAAAGAGUUGCACAAGAGCUUGAAGCAGCGGGUCGAAAGCACAAAGCAAGUGGAGAUGUUCCUGACCAAGAUGGACGAUUCGGCACUUGAGAAGUUUGCCAAGGCAGCGCAAGAGCACCUCUCCAAGAAUGUGGAUUGA